GUGGGGGCGGGCCGGGAGUGCGGAGAGCAAAACAGGAUGUCUGUGCAUGGGCACUGGGUAUUUCUCAAUAAACUACACGCCCUGCUGAAAAGGAAGGUGGCUAUGGUUUCAGUUUCAGACUACAUCGAGGCUGAGAGAGAAAAGCCAUGGCUGACCAGACCCUGAGGGACAAGCGGAAGCUGUUUGUCAGCUCGGUGAACACGGGGACCCUCAACGGCUUGCUGGAUGAGCUCUUAGAGAAAAGGGUGCUGAACCAGGAGGAGAUGGAGAGAGUGCGAUAUGAAAAUGCUACAGUGAUGGAUAAAGCCCGAGCUCUGAUUGACUCUGUCCUACGGAAAGGGUCCCAGGCAUGCCAGAUUUUUAUUUGUUAUAUUUGUGAUGAGGACGCCUUCCUUGCAGAGAAGAUGGGGCUCUCCUCAGGUACACCCUUUAGAAGUCAGCUUAACUCAGACUCUCCAGCAGCAACUCUUCCUUCACCAGAAGACAAACAUGACAAAAACCCAUUUAAGAUUUUGGAAACUGUGGGAAAAGAACUCAUUACUGGUGUUUUGCAUGGCUUGUUGGAAAAAGAUGUUCUGAAAUUGGAGGAAGGAGAAAAGAAAAAGUUUUACGAUGCCAAACCUGAAGACAAGCCCUGGGUCUUUCUGAACUCUGUGCGGCAGAAACGGCAGGAGGCAGGUCAAGCCCUUAUCCAAACUUUCAUUAAUACGGACAAAUAUUCCACAAGUGUAAAAGCUUUCGAGGACAUCAUGCCUGGGCCACCUGAGCCAGAAGAAUCUACGGAUACUCUCAAGCUUUGUCCUCAUGAAGAAUUCGUGAAACUGUAUACAGAGAAGGCUGGAGAGAUCUACCCAAUAAAGGAGAGACAGGAUCGUAUUCGUCUCGCUCUCAUCAUAUGCAAUAUAGAAUUUGAUCAUCUUCCUCCCAGGAAUGGGGCUGAACUUGACAUUACAGGGAUGAAGAAUCUGCUGGAAGGCCUUGGCUACAGUGUGGAUGUGAAACAGAAACUCACUGCUAAGGACAUGGAGUCAGCGCUGCGGGCAUUUGCUGCCCGCCCAGAGCACGAGUCCUCAGACAGCACGUUCCUGGUGCUCAUGUCUCACGGCAUCUUGAGUGGAAUCUGUGGGACUACGUUCAGCCCGGAAAAUCCGGAUGUGCUACCUUAUGACACCAUCUUCCAGAUCUUCAACAACCGCAACUGCUUCAAACUCAGGGACAAACCCAAGGUCAUCAUCAUCCAGGCCUGCAGAGGAGAAAAUCUUGGGGAACUGUGGGUCAGUGACUCUCCAGCAGCCUCGACUGACAGCUUUUCACAUCAACCUCUGCUCCUGGAGAGUGAUGUCGUCUACAAGGUCCACGUGGAGAAGGACUUCGUUGCUUUCUGCUCCUCGACUCCACAUAACGUAUCCUGGAGACACGUCACAAAGGGAUCUCUCUUCAUUGCACAACUCAUCACAUGCUUCCAAAAAUAUUCUUGGUGCUGUCACCUAGUAGAAGUAUUCCAGAAGGUACAACAAGCUUUUGAAAAACCAAAUGUCAAAGCCCAGAUGCCCACCAUUGAACGAAUGUCCAUGACAAAACCUUUCUAUCUCUUCCCUGGCAACUGAAAAUAGUAAGUGUCAAGAGUUGCUGGCAGGUGAAGUAAACGGGAGAGUAAUCUCGGUGGUGAGGUCCAAUGACCAAACGGCAGCUGACCGCUUAGGUGGUCACAUCCGUGCUCCCUGUUGAUGUGGUUUGGCGGUUAGUCGCUGAUUUUGACUCUACUUCUCUGCAUCCGGAUCCUGCCUCCUCCUCCACACUCGAACCAUCGGUGAGUUGAGCCCAACCAGGUCAGGAAGUAAUGAAUUAUGCAGGACACAGGGGAGCAAUUAUUAAAAUAGGAAUGUCCUCACGUUUCCAUGAUGAUUUAUAUUCAUCUCUCUCAUUCCCUCUCUUGCCCACCUCUCCCACAUGCCGAGUCCCUGCACACGGCCUCAGGUCCCGAGAACAGAGGAAACAGAGGAGCAGGGAGAGAGCGGACUUUGGUCCUAUGAGUGCACAUGCGUCACAUCGCCACUCUGAGCUACCGUCGCCAGACAGGAUGAAGGCUGCCCUGUGUAGAGGCAGACUCUGGGUCUACACCGCUCUCCCAGAGUGGAUCUCACACUCCGAGUGUGCUCUCACACCUGCACACACUGCUCACAAACCCUUCGAGCACCCACCUUCACAUGUAGUAGUAGUAUGGUUAUUAUUAUUUUUGGUCCGAAUAUUUUAGAUUGGGCACAUCAAGGUUAGAGCCCAAAUUAUUUUACUCACAGUAGCUUUACAUCACUCUUCAUGAUAAGCAAUUAUGAGUCUCCCUCUUGGAAACAUCAUUUAAAUUCUAUUUUACUGUGAGGUUUGUCUCAGAAGUUUCAAUAUGUGCCCAUGCCAUCUCCUACCCCUGGUUUCUGGCACAGUCACUGCACACUUGCCCAGUUCAGUAGAACAGCUUUUAAGGCCUGAUUAGUCCACUAGAACCACAUUUGGGGAUUGAAUUAUUUAUGGGACUAGUGUUUAUCAAGCACCUGCUAUGUGCCAGGUUCUGAUCCAGAUGCUUGUAAUAAACCAGGCAACAAAAUAAGUGGAGUCCUUGCUCUGAUCAAGCCAUGCGCAAGCGAGGGGAGACAUAGUCUAACUACACCAGGAACUAGAUCCGGUGUCAGAGAGGGAGAAGAGCUAAGAGGAAUAAAGGAGACUAAAGAGACAGAGAGGGUGGAUGCUGUCGAGCUAGACAGAUUAUUCAGUUUCCUUCAAGUGAUAAAAUGGUAAAGUCAGAACGAGGAAUGGACAGACUGGGGGGGUGGUGGUGAACCUUGUGGUUCCUGUGGGGGAAAAGUGUUGCAGCUCAGGGAAGAGCACGUACAAACACCCUGAGGCAGAAAUGGGCUUCAUGGGUCUACAGAAAUGCAAAGAGGCGGGAGCCUGGAGGAGAAUGAGACUGGGGAAAAUGGUAGAGACAAAUUCGGAAAAGUGGUGAGGAGCCUGGUCACAUGGACCUUGGUGGUCACACGGUAAAGGUUUUAAAUGUUUUACCCCGAGUGAGACAGAGAGAACCUUUCAAGUGCUUUUGCACAGAGAAAUGACAUAAUCGAGUAACUGAGAUUUUGCAAAGAUCACCUGGAGUACUUUUGGGCGAGAAGACUACAAGGGUCACAAAUAUAGGCCGAAGGAAGUGGCAGAAGGCAUCUGGAAGAGGACGGAAGCGGAGCCAUGAGAAGGGACGGACUGAGGCCUUGCCGGGAUGGCUAGGUUGACAUUCUGCUCUUUUUCUCUCCUUCAGGGCAUUGCGGGCAGUCCAGUCCUUCUUGACCGACUUCGAAAAGCACUUUGCUAGCACAGCAUACUCAUGUGACCUUUUGUAUCUCAAUAAAAAUGAAAACAAAUGAA